AUGGUUUUCAUAAUGGGUGUAAACUUCCACCCGCGGAAGCUGGUCAAGAAGACCCUCGAAUCUUUCUACGGCCUGGGACCGCAAACUUCAGCACGCAUCAUGGCCAAAUACUGCAUUCAUCCUCUUUCCAGACUGGAGACUCUUCCCGCCAAGACGCAAACCUCUCUGACAGCCGAACUGUCCACCAUGACCAUCGACAAUGACGCGCGGCGAUUAGUACAAGAAAACAUCCGCAGAUUGCGAGACAUGGGUACAUACAGAGGACGAAGACAUGCCAUGGGUCUUCCUGUACGGGGUCAAAACACAAGGACGCAAAUCACCACGGCCAGGAAGCUCAAUGUGCUCGAGAGAGGUGGGGCAGAUCGGGCGGCUGGAGGAGCACGAAGCUAA